UUUUUUUUUCCCCACCCUGACUCCGAAGCGCGCCGGCCGGCUGGCCGCGGGCCGCCGAUGAGCCCCACCGUGGCGUCGCGUGCGGCCCCUGCUCUCGUACUCCUCCUCCUCGUCCUCGCACCGCUGCUUCUCAUCUGCUCGCCGGUCGCGUUAGCUGGAGAACAGAAAGGUGUGUGUAUUUCACCUGGUGGACGGUUCCCUGCCUUCUCAUCUGAAGGAAAACCUCCUGGAAGAGCAGCAAAGGGGCGCAGAGACCUGGCACUAUGUAGAAUAUUCCGGCAGAAAACAUGUUGUGAUGUGUCUCAGACAUUUUCUGCCCUGCUCUCAGUGAGAAAACUCGCAUCAACUGGGGAAGGCAGCCAAGAAUGCCUUCAUUUGUGGGAAUUGCUCGAGUGUUCAGUUUGUGAUCCACGGGUGGGUGUUAGGCCUGGACCUCCUGUUAUAUGUGCAUCAUUCUGUGACAUGGUUUUCAAAGCUUGCUCAGAGGCAUACUUUGCUAUUGAUGUCAAAUCACAGGCAUUGUCUCCUUGUGGUUUAGGUGACAUCCUUUGUGGUAAAGCACAUAAAUGGGUCUCUAAUGGCACAGAGCUAUGUCACUCUGCUGGCUUCUCUGUGCAAGCUUCGGAGAUCAACUCCGGUGGAGUGGAUGACACUUUUUGCUAUGGCGGGAAAGCAAGUUUUGAUUCCAUCUCUAGUUCAUGGGCAUCUUCAAAAGAGCGUCCAUCAUUAAGUGAUGUGGUCUCUUGGAAUCUUGAAGAUUUUCGCAGAUGGGCAAGAGAAAUGCCUGCUAUUGAAAGAGUUCCAUGGGCAAUUGGUGGAAUGGUUCUUACAGUAGGCCUUAUGUUUAUCAGUAAAAGGAAGAGCUACAGUCGUCACCAAAAGCAAGCUGUUAUUGCUCGCAAUGUGAGAAAGCUGGAAUCAAGAGUUAGGCCACAGCAACUUAGGUGAAUUUAGGAAUGCAUAGGUAGCUGUAGAAUUACCAAUGGAGGGUCUCUUAGAUUCUAUUUCCACCACUUUGUGAUUCUUAUAUUCCAAUCAGCAAUGAACAAUAGAUUGCCGUAGAAGUCCUCUACACUGGUGGUCGGAUACAUGGAUGGCGUCACUGGUUACAUCCUCCUCUUGUCAUCCUUGCGUAAAAGAGGAGCAGAAGAGAUCAUAAUUAUCAUUUAGGUUCUUUCUGCAGUCUCGCUACAUGUACGAUCCAAUCGUACGACUUGUGUACGACUGUAACCAUUGAUUAGAUAAAAAAGGUCAGGUGAGUGUCACUAUAGCCGUUGGAUGGUUGAGUCGUACGCAUAGCAAUUUUCUUCUUUCUGUAUGUAGGAUUAUAGAUUUGCUUGAACAUCUGUAUAUAGUUUUGGAAUGGUAAC